AUGGCUUUCGCAUUACUCUUCACCACACUAUUAGCCUGUCUCUGCAUAAAACGACUCCUCUCUUACCUCCACUCUACCAACCACCUCCGAAAAUACCCCUCCUUAACCCCCCUCUCCGGCCUAACCAGCCUCUCCUACCUGUAUUACCGCUCCCACCCCUUCCGAACCAGACAUCUCUACCUCAAGCACAAAAAACACCCCAUCAUCCGCCUCGGCCCAAAGAACCUCUCCUUUGCCUCCGUGCAAGCCAUAAAAGAUAUCUACGGCCAUGGAACACCCUGCCGCAAGGAUGAUGUGUAUCACUUGACUAUGGGCAGUCAUGCGAAUGUUCUGAAUGUCGUGGAUCCGAGGGAGCAUGCGCGCAAGCGGAGGAUGUUGGCGCAUGCUUUUGCGGCGAGGAAUCUUGAGGGGUGGGAGGGGAAGAUUGGGGAGAAGGUUGGAAGGUUGGUUAUGCAGUUGGAUCGACGAUGUACGUGUUGUUUGGGGCAGGGUGGGUUGGUUGAGAUGGAGGAUGUUACUGUUGACUUUAGAUUGUGGGCUAAUCUUUUUACUGUCGAUACUAUUGUUGACUUGGCGUUGAGUGAGAAGCUUGGUAUGCUUGAUUCGGGGAGAGAUAUGGUUGCGAUUGAGGGGGUUGAUGGGGCCAAGUACAUUGAUAGCUUGCACUGUGGAGGCAGGUUUGUCUCUACAUUUGUGGGCGCAACGGACUGGUUUCGUUUCUUGAAGACUGCUUCGAUCUGGCUUUCGCCAUAUCUGCGCUCGCAAUGGGAGAGAGGCCAGAAUUUUGGCAGGAUUGUCUGUACCUUGGUUGAUAGACGUUUACGGAGACAGCAAUGUGGCGACCAACUGGAUGAUUUCUUCGACUGUUUGAUGACCGACAAAUCGGGUAAGGCGCGCUGUCUGGAAAGGGGAGAAAUCGAAGCUGAAACUGGUAUACUCUUGGAUGCCGGCUCUGACACCACUGCAAUUGCUUUGACACACAUCUUGUACUAUCUUAUCAAGAACCCGUGCUGCCUGACAAAACUUAAGAAGGAGGUGGCCAGUGCAAUAUCGGAAGGGACAAUCCCACCCUACGCAGGAGUGAAGAGCCUGCCCUAUCUCAAGGCAUGUAUUAAUGAAUCGCUGCGCCUCUCUCCGCCCGUUUCAAGAGGCGUCGAACGCAGAACGCCUUCUGGUGGCAUGCAGAUUGCAGGAGAGACCAUCCCCGGUGAUGUUGCCGUUUCCGUCCCGACAUACGUUGUCCAGCGUGACACGACGGUAUUCCCAGAACCAGAUGAGUAUCGACCAGAGAGAUGGCUUGAGGGCGGGGAAAAGGCUAAGCAAAUGCGGGAUGCGUUCAUCCCGUUUAGCACCGGCGCUCGUGGCUGUAUUGGACGCAAUUUAUCGAUGAUGGAGCAGCAGAUUGUGGUUGCGACGCUUGUUCACCGGUAUGACUUUGCAUUGCCGUCUGAUGAUUGGGAGUUGGAGUGGGAGGAGGCGUUUCUCUUAUGGCCGGCCAAGAUGCCAUUGAAGAUCUGGAGAAGAGAUGUCUCAGUAUGUUAG